AUGCGCCAGCGCGGUCGGGCAAGUGUCUGGCUCGGUGUGGUGUCCAUGUUGCUGCUCUUGACACAGCCAACUGGCGCUUGGAUUGCGGUAUCAGAGGCAAACACGACAACCGAGGGAACGACACUCGCGGGAAUGACAACGACCGGGACCUUGGCGCCGGAACCGUCCACAACCACGACAGCCGAGGGGACGACACAGACGCCUGAGUGGCGCACAACAACAACAGCAGCACCGGUGCCCGAGGGGACAACGACCGAGACCUUGACGCCGGGACCGUCCACAACCACGACAGCCGAGGGGACGACACAGACGCCUGAGUGGCGCACAACAACAACAGCAGCACCGGUGCCCGAGGGGACAACGACCGAGACCUUGACGCCGGGACCGUCCACAACCACGACAGCCGAGGGGACGACACAGACGCCUGAGUGGCGCACAACAACAACCCCGCACGUUUCCCCCUUCACGGAAUUCCUCUGGAUCACGGAUGUGCACUAUGAUCACUUUUAUUUGGACGACACCUCAUCCUGUAGUUCAAACGUUGGAGACUCUCGGCCCGAAUUUGGGCGCUCUGAUUGUGAUGCCCCCUUUGCCUUGUUGAACGUCUCCUUUGAGGCAGCCAAGCUUGCUCUGCCGGACCCUGGCUUUGUGCUUGUCACCGGAGACUCCGUGCGCCACGACAUGGAUGAAAACUUUCCCGAUAGCACGAAACGCUUGCAACUGGUUCACGACACGCUGCAAAACGUCUCCACUCUGCUGGAUGCACACUAUGAGCGCAGCCUACGCCUCCACUCACCGGCGACUGAAGCCCAUGAGGCUGUUCUAAACACCUUUGGUAACAACGACGUCCUAGUCGACUAUCAGAUGGAUCUCGGCACCAAUAACACCCUCCUGCGCGCUGUGGCUGAUGCUUGGCGAGCAGUGCUCACUCCAGCUGAAACUCUCGAUGUGCAAACCGGUGGUUAUAUGGCCCGAAACGUCACCGAGCACCUGACGAUCAUCUCCAUCAAUACAGUGCUCUACUCCUUCAAACGCCUUCCCGCCACUGGUCGCCUUCUGCCCGACCCUUAUGGACAGUUUGCUUGGCUCAUCAAACAGCUUGAGCUCGUUCGUCAGACCAAUCGUCAGGCUUAUAUUGUUGGACACAUUCCCCCUGUGCUGGACUCAUACUUUCAUACCGACGAUCAAGUCAAGAACGAAUGGGCCGAGCAUUACGUGCAAACCUUCUACGAAAUUCUUGCCCCCUUCUCCGAACAGAUUCGGGCCUUUCUUUUUGGGCACUUGCAUAAAACCGAGUUCCGAGCCCCUCCGCCAGGUGUCAAUUUGUCCGCCCCCAUCAUUCUGUCCUGCGCGUUGACCCCCAACUUCGGUAACAACCCGAAUUUUGCCACCGUUGCGAUUCAUACCAACUCGAGUCAAGUUGCAAAUAUGAAGUUUUACAGUGCGCCAUUGGUAGUCAAUGGUACUGAUGGCUUGCUGCCCACCAUACCUGCAUUCACACAAGUGGUUGAUAUCAUGCAAGCUUAUCCCAAGCUGACAUGGAACGCCGAGGGCAUGAAGUGGCUUGCCUGCGAGAUCUGGUCCAACGCCACAGCAAAAGCCUUUUUCGAGCAGCACAUCCAAAAGGCUGGCUCGAGACUUAACGUUAUCGAACACUCGACCCAACAAUGGUACUGUCUCAUGACCCACGCUUACGCAAGCGAAUACAAAGCCUGUCUCGAGCUUGAGCCCUCGUAUUGCACUGCAGCAUUGACCACAACCACGCCAAGUUCCACCACCGUGGCGCCAAACAAGAGCAACAAAUACAAGCCUUCUAUGGGGAUGGCCGUGGGUAUUGGGGUGGGCUCGGUGGUCUUUGUCGGACUGACUUUGCUUCUCGCCACCUUCCUGUCACGCCGUCGAUCACCCAUGAGUGAAUACCAGGCACUCAUUGUGAACUAUAAUGAGGAGGAAGAGCACAUGGGAGUGAUUUGA